CCAGUCUCGCCCACUUUUUGCACGGCCAUGUCGCCGCUGAUCCGACUCAUGCGCACGAGAAGCAAACCUCAUCGUCGCACACCUCACCACCCGUCUCGCAUCCCUCGCCUCCGCCUCCAUGGGCAAUCUCGACCCCGAGGAGCACAUGCUGGCCACCAUGGGCCUCGGCUGGAUUGCCCUUCCCUGUUGCGCAUCCGCCCUUCUUGCUUGCACCUUUGUUCAUCUGGUAUUUGACUCGCUAGUGCUGGAUGACCAGUUUACGCAGGCCUCGGCCGACAUUGUCUCGUUCUUCUAUGCCCAUGUAAUGGCCUCGCUUAGCUACCUCGGCCUCUUGCUCCUGCUCUACUUCGCUCUCGUCGUCGGCUCGCUGUUCAAGGCGCUCGUCAUUCCCACACGCAUCAACUACGUGGCCCUUGCUCUCCUUGCGCUUCCGCUCUCACGAAUGUAUGCGCUAGGCUCACAGGUUGCGCUUCUCGGCAACUCGCAGACCAUGCCUGUCUCGUUGGCCGACCAGGCCUCGGCUGCCCGCAGCGUCAUGUACGAGCACGCCGCUGUCGCCGUAACCCUCAUUGCCUAUCUUGCCCUCCAGGUAGCUUCACUUGCUAACGACGGUCGUCUCCGUAUGGACUGGAACGUUGCUGGUUACCGUGUCCUCGUCAAGCAGAUGCGCCGCUACAUCCAAACAAGCAUUCCGCGGCCCAUCGCAACUGCCAGCAGCGGCCACCCCAAGCACGACUGAUCGUGCUCGCGUCAGGACGACUCACUCGAGCUUCGCGAACUGUUCUCCGCUGACGAUGACCGUGAGCACGAGAGCACCAGCGACGAACUGUACCGUUUGGCGCUCUUCGAGCUCGAGCUCGAGUUGCGUGUCACCGUCGAGUCGGACGACGAGCUCGAGCUCGAGCUCGAACUCGCGCUUGACAGCACCACCCCUGUGCCCGGCCGUCCCGUCGACGCAACCGCUUCACCAUGCGACUGUUGCGCCGCAGCCAGUGAGCCGCCGGUCCGCAACGGUGAUGACAUCGCCACCCCGCGUCGCUGCCUGCCCGUGUCGCUGUGGCCCUGUCUGCGCCGUCGCCGCGUGUUGCGGCGGACGGCCCAGUGCCCGUCGCCGGGAUCUCCGUUCUCGGCGCGCAUUCGCUGACUUAGCGCCGAGUUGACCACCGCGCGUCGCGCGAGUGACUUGCGUGUCUUGCGCGUGUUUUGAAGCUCCAGCGCUCUCAGCGGCGACUGAAAAAUCGGAAGCGUCGCCCGGUCCAAUGUCGGUGUCAGUGACGGAUCCAGGGACCGCCGCCGCUUGCGUGACAGCACUGGCAUUGCGUUCUCAGCCGCCGUCCGCAAGAAUGGCUCCAGAUCCUGCCCGUGUGGCAGUCCAAGGUUGUGGAGCACAAUCGCCGCCGGCACUACAGUCGCCGCAUGCCGGCUCGCCGCAAGCAAGUGCGUCACGCCCGACGCAUUAAACCGCCGCUUGCCAGUCG